AUGGAGGCAUCACCGAGGCGAGAAGCUGGCGGGAAUGAGUAUGCUUCCAUUCUUAGCGAUCAGCUCACACUCGAUAUUUUGAAGAAUUUUUGCCUGAGAGAUCACCAUUGGAAAAGAGACGGGAAUAUCACUUUUCAUGUCUUCUCUCUAUGGUUCAUUUUUACUGGAAAAUUAACCAUCUCUUUCCAGAUUCAUUUGAAGUGCUUGCCCUUAUCUAAAGCGGAGUGGGUUACGGUUACUACCCGUAAUAGGAACUUAUACGCGUCACUUAAACAAAAGGACAUACCGAAUCCACAUGACGACCGAUUCUGUCAGGAUCCUCAAAUCAACAAUCCUCUUGAUCAGACGGACCAUAAUCCAUGGCAGCAGUACUUUGCCGACCACGACCUUCGUGAUCUGAUUAUGAAAGAUGUUGGAAGAACCUUUCCUGAACUCGAAUUUUUCCAACAAGAUCAUAUCCGUCGGAUGAUGUGUGACAUUCUUCUGAUUUAUGCGAAAGAGAAUCCUUUCGUGUCGUAUAAACAGGGAAUGCAUGAGAUCCUCGCUCCUCUGAUAUUUGUCCUGUUCUCUGACCAACAGUCGUUUUGUCACUGCUUGGAAACUGGUGGCCUCACGGUUCAAGACGCUGCCCCUACAAACCAAGUUAUGCGUGAAUUGGUAGCCAUUGGCGAACGUCUCCAAUGUGUUGAUCCGGAGCUUGCUGAGCAUUUGAACUCCCUCGACAUUCCACCGCAGCUAUAUGGGAUUCGUUGGCUUCGAUUACUCUUCGGUCGAGAGUUUGCAAUUCAUGACCUUCUGUACGUAUGGGAUGUGUUAGUGUGUGACAGACCAGUAGCGAGGAUGGUCGAAUGCGUUUUUCUGGCGAUGUUGGUGCAAAUUCGGCAUCUGCUCCUGCAAUCGGACUAUGGUGGUUGCUUGCAGUACCUAAUGCGCUAUCCUCCGAUUGUAGAUGUUUCAACAUUCAUUCAGCAAGCUCUCCACUACAGAAACCCGAAGAAAUAUCCGAAACCAACCACUGUUAACUCGUUGGGGAAUUUCUCACAUUUGACAGUGACGGGUGCUGAUCAUCCUAACCGCGCUCGUCAAGGGGUUAUGAUGGUGAACGACAUGGGUGAUGUGAGACAGGAUGAGAUCUCUGGUGGCCUCCGUAACAUCACCUCAACGAUGUUGUCAAAAGUGAAAAACUCUAUGCUGGAAAGGCCAUCGUUACUAGCCGCUUCCCCUCCACUAACCCCGAGGAGAAUGACGCAAAGUGCCGCUAAAUCGCCCUCGUGGGAAAAGGAACUUCGGCUUAUGGAGGAACAAGUGGCAUGUCUCCAAAUUCGUCUCAACGAAAGGGACGUUGUUUGCUUAGAGGCCGCUAGGAAUAUUGAAUCAUGUGUAGAGCAGUUACGGAGCUAUGAUCGAGAUGGGUUCGCUGGCUUGUGCGCAAAACUGAUGGAGAUUAGCGGCAACCUCACUGCAAGUACCGUCAAUGGUGUAGGUAACUCCGCUCCGUCACGACGAAAUGACGACGAAGCAUUAGAACGACGAAGCAGUUUCAAUCGAGCUCCACCUCAACCCCGACAUAUUCAAAGAGAGAAUGAAAUGGUUGAUCUCAAAUUGUGGUUGACAAAAAUUUUACCUUAUACAGUUCAACGGCUUAAGGGACCAUACUUGAUCUCGAAUGUUCUGAGGAACCAAUGCUCCAAGAAAAUCGACAGCCGUUGUAUACCUGCAAAUAACGACAUCGUGCUUAUAACACCGAACAUCGAGCAGGCGGAACGAAUGCUGGCCGAGUUUGAUAGUGCUUGGGGAAAAAUCGGCUUGAGGCGAAACCUAACGAAGACGAUGUUCAUGAAAAACGAACUGGUACCUGAUGCUCCUUUCACGUUAAACGGAACGAAUAUCUCCGAAUGCUCUAGCUAUGAUUAUCUAGGUCGAGAAGUCAACAUUGUGAACGACCUAACUCCGGAGCUGUGCAGAAGGAAACGCGCCGCGUGGGGAGCAUUUAAGAAUAUCGAGGGAGUAGUGAAGAAGACAAAGAACAUCCGGCUCCGCGCUCACCUUUUCGACAUUGCUGACCUUCCUGCUUUAACGUACGCCUCGGAGACCUGGACUCUACGAAAGCAGGAUGAGCAUGCUGUCAGCGUUACUCAACGCGCUUUGGAAAGGACGAUGCUCGGAAUUUCCCUAUACACGCAAGUGCAGAAGGAAACGCGCCGCGUGGGGAGCAUUUAA